GCUUUCCUCCUGGCGAAACAAUCGCUGGAGCUGCGCGAGCCCCCGUCCUAAUCGCUAUCUGCAACCGCCGCCCGCCUCCCCGCACCCCGUGGUAAUCGCGAUCUGCCACCGCCUCCCCGCCUCCAGUGGUAAUCGCGAUCUGCCACCGCCUCCCCGCCUCCCGUGGUAAUCGCGAUCUGCCACCGCCUCCCGUCCUAAUGGCUGGGGAGAAAGCUGGUACCGGCGCCUCCUCCUCCUCUCGUCCUCGGAGGAGUUCGAGAAACGCCGCCGACGGGAAGCAGAUUGCUCCCCGAGUCGCCGCCGACGGGAAGAAGACUGCUAUCCGAGUCGCCGGCGACGGGAAGCAGAGUCCUCUCCGAGUCGCCGCCGCCUCCGACGGGAAGCGGAUGGUUAUGGGCGUCUCUGUCGACGCCGCUUCCACCACUUUGCACCCUAUUGAUCUACGAUCCGACGUCGCCCCUGCUGAGGGGCGUACUGAAGUGGCCAAGUUUGUUCACAACUUCUACUGUGCCCUAAACUUUAAUCUGUUAGGAUUGUAUCGUUUCUAUGCCGACGAUGCUGAGUUUGUCUGGAAUUUCAAUGGCCGUCGACUUAAUCUGAAAACUGCAAAGGAAAUUAGGAGUUAUCUGUAUAGGGCAUCAACCAAAAUGAAAUUCCAUGCAUCACAUUUUGAUUUAUUAUCGAUUCCUGGGCAAAGUUCUGUAAUGCUGACCGUUUAUGGAACAAUCAAAUCGGCUGAUAACAAGCCUAGGAGCUUUGUGGAAACUUUUGUGCUUGAUAUUCCUGGACGUCUUAUAUUGAGGGAUUCCUUGGUUGUGCAAGAAAAUGCUCUAGAAGUACCAGAAGUGAGUAGUCCCAAGAAGUUCCAAGACCAUACUGCAAGUAUCAUGUCUACUAACGAUUCACAGAAUCACUGUGGAAUUUGCAAUAAGAAAUGGUAUCCCCUAGAGAAAGACUGGGUCUGUUGUGACCGUUGUCAAAUGUGGCUCCAUGUUGAGUGUGACCCUAAUUGCAGUCGUGACAUGGAGAAGGUAGAAAAGUCAGAGUAUUUCUGCCCUGGCUGUACGUCUGAAUGCAAAGAUGUAUUGACACUUAGCACUUUGAAGCAAAAAUCACCUGAACCCAUAAUUGUGUCGUGUGCUGGAAAGGAAGGAGUCUAUAAACCAAUAGAAAAAAUGAUCGAAUGUCGAUGCAAAAUUUGCUUGAAAAAUCUAACUCCAGUCGUGAUGUCUACGAAUGUAUGGGAGAAACAUACUGGGUGCCGCCAAAAGAAUUGGAAGAAGAGUAUUAAGCUCAAGGGCACUGAGAAGCCUCUCUUUAAACUUCUUGAAGAGAUACCUGAAGGAACUGGCAUAUCUUCUAUUGCAAGUGAAAUUCAGCAGGUUUCUUCUGUUGAUACAUCUGACCAGCCAGCUGCUGAAACAUCUGACCAGCCAGCUGCUGAAACAUCCUACCAGAAAGCUGCUGAAACAUCUGAGCUAGCUGCUGUUACAUCUGAUCAGACAUCUGCAAGCCUCUCUUAUGUGAUGUCGGGAAACAAGCAGUCGCAAAAAUCAAAAGUCUGCAUCUUACAUGAUUAUGAUAGGAUGAAGUCCCAUCAGGAUAAGGACACUGAUCAUAAAUAUGAAAAGGCAUCUAGGAUUUCUGAAAUAAUGAAUACAUUGAAUCAAGAUGGUGUUCUUGACAGAACUGAGAGGGAACCGUUUGAUAGUGCUGAUCGUGAGAUAAUUCUGGCUAUCCAUGAUCCUGAGCAGUUGGAUUAUGUUGAUGAUUUGCCAUUGACAGAUGAGGAGCAGGACGCAAAAUUUUCUAAAGUGGCUGGAGUUAGUGUAUUCUCUUCUGAAGGAACUACCGAAGCUAUUUACAGUGCAGCUGGGGCCGUGAUAAGGGGUUCCGACCUUGUGGUUGAAGAGUAUUAUGAGACUGCUUUUGCAAUAAUCAGACCUCCAGGGCAUCAUGCUUAUAAGAUUUCUGAAGGUUUCUGCUUUUUGAACAACGUUGGUAUAGCUAUUCAACAUGUUGUUGACCACCAUUUGAGAUAUUACAUUGUGCUCUUUAUUUUUCAGAAUUAUUAUUCCUCCACGAAUCGUUUUACUUCUUUUUAACAAGCCUAAAGCUCGUUGUAUUGAAUUUGUACAUUUAGUUACGAGACCUACCUUUGGGUAAAAUAUCCAGUGCUACGGUUCAUGAGAU